UAUGGAUUGCUAUUCCUCAAAUUAGCAAUAGAACAGGUAUUCAAAUAAAGCAAUAUUCAUAUUCAUAUUCAGGCUGGAAAGUCCUACUGUGACUCAAAAAUUGCUCAUAUGAGAACCAAGAUGAGAUCCUUUGAGGCAACUGGAAAUAACAUUUUAAAUGCAGAUGACAUGAAAACUGCAAUUGAUUAUGGAAAAGGUGUAGCUGGAUGUCAAGUGGCCCAUGUUAUUGUUGAAACGUCAAAACAUGUUCUCAAGACUCAUAAUUUAAAAAAUGUCACACAUUACAACGAUGUUCAGUACACAGAAUCUGGUGUUGUAUUCAGAAAAGCUUAUGGUAUUGGGGAUGGGUUGUCAAUGACUUAUAGUGAGUUAACCAAAUUAUCAGGCCAUUGUCAAAAUGAAACUGGAUGUACUCUUGUAACAGAUUUUGUUCUGCCAUCAAAGGUCAAAGGAAAGAUCAAGUUAACAAAAGCUGAAAGUAAUGCUGUAGAAAAUGAAAUGAGUACUGAGACCACAACAAUAAGACCAGUCAGUUCAUCUGCUUUACAGACAACACUCUCCUUUGAUUGCCCAGAACCAGGUUGUUUUAAGCAUUAUGCUUCCUACAGAACUCUAGAAAAUCAUGUUCUAUUAGGUACACAUGAUUUAAGAUUAGAAAGAGAAUCCGUAUAUGAUAUCAUUCGCAAGCAAUGGGCAGAACUCUGCAACAAUGUUAUUGUUACAAGGAAGAAAAAUGUUGCCAGCCAAUGUACAGAUAAUCAACAAGCUGUAGAAACCCUUCCUAUGGGUUGGGCAUUAAAAAGGGCCAGAAAGGUGAAUAGAUUUCCUACCAAGAUAAAAAACUUCCUUAUUGAGAAAUUCAAUGAAGGAGAAAAAAGUAAUAACAUAUGCAGUCCAGAUGAUGUUGCAUCAGAAAUGAAAUCUAUGAGGGAUACUGAGGGCAGACGGGUUUUUCAGUUAAAUGAAUGCUUGAAUAGUACUCAAAUUACAGCUUUCUUCUCUCGAUUGGUAUCAGCUAAUGCAAGUAACAACAACAAAAUAGUACCUGAAGAUGAUGACUUGGUAGCUGCUGCUGUUGCAAUAAAUCAAUCUUAA